AUGGCGCCAUGUUUACUGCGCUUCCUGCUGCUGCUGCUGACGGCCGUGGGCGCGGAUGCUGCGGCCUUGAACGUCCAGGACCAAGCUCAAGUUCCCCUGGUUACGGCCGUCGACGAAGCUGACAAUGUCCAGGGAGAAGGUCACAGCGGCCUGCAUGGCCGUUUCUUGCACAUUACAGAUAUCCAUGCAGACCUGUUCUACAAAGCCCACACAAAGAUAAAAAACGACUGCCACCGUGGACAUGGUAUAGCUGGCUUCUUCGGCACGCCUGGUACGGACUGCGACGCCCCCGAGACGCUGCUGGAUGCAACCUUCGACUGGAUCGGAAACAACCUGCGAGACAAGGUUGACUUUGUGAUCUGGACGGGCGACGCAGCGCGCCACGACAAAGACGAACGCAGGCCACGUUCUGAGAAGGAGAUUGUGAGCACCAAUCGGCUUGUGUUCGACAAGUUUGUGAAGACGUUCCACAAGCCCAAGGAUGAACUCGGAAACACCCUCAAGGUCCCCAUCAUUCCAACCUUCGGAAACAACGACAUCAUGCCUCACAACAUCAUGGAGAGGGGUCCAAACAAGUGGACGAGGAUCUUUAGCGAGCUGUGGGGUGCAGUCAUCCCGGAGGAACAGAGACACUCGUUCGCCAUUGGAGGGUGGUUCUAUGUCGAGGCCAUACCAGAGAAACUGGCUGUCAUUAGCUUGAACACCAUGUACUUCUACCGGGCCAACAGCGCCGUGGACGGGUGCAAUUCAAAGUAUGAGCCAGGGUUUGAACAUAUGGAGUGGCUCAGGACACACCUGCAACUGCUCCGGGACAGAGGAAUGAAGGCAAUUCUCAUCGGGCAUGUUCCGCCUGCUCAGAACAAGAAGAAGAAGAACUGGUCUGGUUCGUGCUGGCAGAAAUACGCUAUUUGGAUGAAGCAAUACCGUGACGUAGUCGUUGGAAGCUUCUACGGGCACAUGAAUCUUGACCAUUUCAUUCUGCAGGAUUUCGAUGAUAUCAAGUAUAUCAUUGGUGAUGAAUCAGAAUACGAUACCAGCCAUGAGAAGUCAGGGAAAGACGUCUCAAUAACGGUGUCGAUGGGCUAUCUGCGAAAGCUGAAGAAGCUGUGGUCUAAACUACCACAGCCGCCUUGGGCCGAGCAGGACCAGGCGAACACUGCUGGGUACAAGAAAGAGCUAAAGAAGUACUACAAUGAAGUAGGUGGUCCAUGGGCAGAGCGAUACUUUAUGUCUAUCGUCUCACCCAGUGUGAUACCCAACUUUUUCCCUUCUAUCCGCGUGGUGGAAUACAACAUCUCCGGCAUAGAACACUCAAAGAAGUGGCCGCAGCCACCCUACCUAAGUCCCAAUCAAGACAACACUCCUCUGCCAUAUCUCGAUGAGGAUGAUCGUGACGAUGAUAAUGAUCAAGACAACACCUCGAUAGACAUAUCGAAAAAGCACAAGAAGCGCAAGAAACACAAGAAGAAAUACCCCAAAUUUACUGUUCCCAAUCCUCCAUCCAGAACCUCUCCUCCAGGACCAGCCUAUUCCAACCAACCACUCUCCCUACUCGGCUACCAACAAUACUUUGCGAACCUGACGGAACUCAACCAGGCUCACGACGAGAAGUCUUUAGAGCUGAGUAACGUGGACGUAACCAAGAAAAGCACGGCCCCCAAGGACUUUUAUCAGCUAGAAUAUGAUACACGGACUGAUCCAUACUACCAGCUACCUGACAUGACCAUGAACAGCUACCUUGAACUCGCAAGACGGAUAGCCCGCGAAGAGGAAGUGCCCGUGCACGACAAUGAAAAAUCUAGUGACGGGGACAGCCCAUCCAUACUCAAACGUACGGUAUCUCUCUGGACGGUUUUCCGCCAACGGGCAUUUAUAGGGUUCUUCAAUGCAAGGAUGCCUUGA